AUGCAGGCCAUCACUCUUCCAUCCGCCCGAGAAUGGAGAGUUAAGGAUAACGAUGUCGUAGUUCGAGGCCAUAUUCCAUGCAUCACGAGAACUAAGGGAUUUCUGUUUGAUAAAGUGACUGAUCUCAAGCCACGUUUCCUCACGUUGACUAAUACGGGAUUGCUCAUCAUUUACAACAACGACGAUAAAGGACAUGUAGUCAAUGUUAAAGAUGCCAAGAUAAUGACAACGAGGACAGACCACUUCCGAAGGAAUAAACAAGCAUACCGUCGUUGCGUAACGAAGUUGAAAUUCAAGCACGGUUCAGUGUCUUUGAUACUCUUCAACAAUUGUAUUCCCGCAUGGAGAAAUGCGAUUAUAAAAGCACAUGAUGGUUUGCUAAAUGGUCAACUACGUUUCACUGGAACCCAUCGAAAAUCCCCAACACCAAUACCACCAGUGGAAAAUCCAAUCAUAAAGGAUAUCGAAGUUGCUCAAGCGGAACAACAGCCUCCCACUUCUAAAUCUCCCAGUUGUCAAGAUUCGGCGGCGAGCAUCAUUACCUGUGUCGACGCAGAGUGUGUGAUUCCAGCAGAAGAGGCUAGCAGUGAGGUCACGGUAGACAUGCCAGAAGAUAAUGAACCAAUUACUGUUGUCGAAGCACCUCGAAUCAAGGUUCCAGCCGCAAAGCGACUUCCUAGCGUUGUUGCUAGCUCGAAUGAUGAUAGUCAAAUGGGUACAUUCGAUCCAACUGUAUGCGACCUAUCGUAUCAGUGGUUACACAAGAAGACAAAACAGAGUAUGAAACACGCAAGAAAGUGCAACACAGUUUCAUCGAACAGUGGUUUGUUCACAGAAACAACUGAGGACGAUGUGAGCAGAAAGGAAUCUGUGAAGUCAGUACGAUGUGGAUACACAUCAGUGGCAACGUUGCGAAAGAGACUGGAGGCUAAGAUAUACGCGAAAGAAAUCAGAGAUGAAAAAAAGCCAACUCACAUUCGUAAUUUUGCACUAGAAAGGACUAAAAUCUCCAACGGCAACCCUGCUCAAACGGAAAGAAUACCCACCAGGAAGACAGCAUUAAUGGCUUCUAAUAUAUUACCACCGAGACCGAAAAUUCGACGCCUUCGACACCUUGGUAGAUCUCGAUCUGAGUCCAACAUUGCCAACAUGGAAACACGGCGGCUUAAUGAAGUACAAGCAAUGAGAUCAUGUGAUGAUUCUCUUCUCGCACGUUCCGAGAAGCACAAUUUUACGAAGAGUCCUCCGCAAGAUUGGAGGACUUCGGGCGUUAGGCUCGAUAAGUACUACUCUAAUCAAUGGUGGGCACAACCGUUGACAGCAUAA